GACUGCACCCUGGCAACGGCUUGUUGCUGGCAACCGGGCGGUGGUCUCGCGGUGUUCCUUAGGCAGCUGCCUGCGGCGGGAGGCACCUGCCAUGAAUCCGCCUGGGCCCUUGGGGGCCCUGGAGAAGGAGGAGGAACACUCCUCCACCCCGAUUCUCGGGCCGUCCAUACACUCCGACAACCCUCAGGAGCGGAUCCAGGCCCGGCGUCUCCGCAUCGCGGCGCGCCUGGAAGCCCGGAGGCGACUUGAAAAGCUGGAGAACGAAGUCAAGACCAGCCAGGACAAAUUUGAUGAAAUCACCAUGAAGUGGGAGGAGGGCAAACGGAAGAGAAUUCCCCAGGACCUGUGGGACAUGCUCAACACCCAGCAGGUGCACUGCGCUCGGCUGAUAGAAGACAAGAACAAGCUUAUCAGCGAGUUACAGCAGGAGUUAAAAGCAAAAGAUGACCAGUAUGUGAAGGAUUUGAAGAAGCAGUCAGAUGACAUCUGCCUGCUCCUGGAGAGGAUGGAAGAGCAAGUGAAGAAUGUGAUGAAAACCUUCCGUCAGGAGCUCAAUUCCAUUGAGAAAGCAUUUGAGGCGGAACGACGAGAACUGCUGACCAGUAAUAAGAAGAAAUGGGAGCGGGCCCUGCAGGCUCACAACGCCAAAGAGCUGGAGUAUCUUCUAAGCCGCAUCAAGAAGGUAGAGGACUAUGAGAAGCAGCUGAACAAGCAGCGGGUGUGGGACUGUGAAGAGUACAACACGAUCAAGAUCAAGUUGGAGCAGGACGUGCAGAUUCUUGAGCAACAGCUUCAGCAGAUGAAAGCAACCUACCAGCUAAACCAAGAGAAGUUGGAGUACAACUUCCAAGUGCUGAAGAAGAGAGACGAAGAGAGUGUGGUGAUCAAAUCCCAGCAGAAGAGGAAGAUCAGUCGCCUGCAUGAUAUACUUAACAACCUGAGAUCAAAAUACGCCAGGCAGAUCAGACAGUUUGAGGAGGAGAACCAGUCACUAACCUCCGACUACAUACGCCUUGUGACGCAGUUCAAGGAGCUACAGAAAGCCAUGAGGCAUUUUGCUCUUCUUGAGGACAAGCGGUUUCGAGAGAUUUGGCUGAUGAAUGAAGAAGAGGCAAAGGAUCUGAUAAGCAAAGCCUUUGAUGUGGACAGGAUCAUCCACACCCAGCAUCUGGGGCUCCCCUGGACCGCACCUGAUUUCUGGUUCCUGAGGAAUGUGGGACCUAUAUCUCAGCAGCAGCAGAGGUCUGCUACACAGAUAUUAGAAGAAGUGCUGAUUCAAACAGAAGAGGAGGGGAUGGAGGAGGCCACCUCAGAAACAGAGUCUUACCUCGACCUGCCAAAGCAAGUUUCCAUGAAAACGACCAGAAAGAUCCUGAUGCUCCUGUGUGACGAGUCGGGUUUCCUCAUAGAGAGCAAGCUGCUGAGCCUUCUCCGUCCCCUGGAGAAGAGCGAGUGCUAUCUGCUCAAGUUGGACGCCAUCUUCUCAGCCCUUGGGAUUGAAAGUGAGGACGACUUGUACAAACUGGUGAACUUCUUCCUCAAAUACCGAGUUCAUCAUUCAGCCUCCAGUCAGGAGCGAACAAGCCCGAUGUCAGCCCUGGACCCAGGAGAGCAGACAGACCUCGAGAGACAGAAGGAGGGAAGCCUUGUGGGAGGGGAGCCAGAAGAGAAGGAGGUCCCCCCUUCUUCCACGCUCAUCCACCCCAACGACGUCCUCAAGAUCCUGGAGGCCUUUGUCAUGGGUCUGAGGAAGCCCAGGGACCCCCCGGCCCCAGUGAAGGUGGUGAAGUAUGUGCGAGACACCUCGAAGGACUCUGCGUAUUGGGAGGCCCUGGCCACGGUUCUCCCUUACGCCACGCAGAACCUCUGGGACGCUCUGUACACGGCCUUGGAGAAAUACCACCUCGUCCUGACGCAGAGGGCCAAGCUGCUGAUAGAAAACAACUCCCUGGAGAAGCAGAACACAGAGCUCCAGAUGCUGCUUCAGCAGUAUCUAGAUUCCAAGAUGCUUGUUGGACGUCUCUCGGAAGCAGGACCCGACCCCACCGAGAGCGUCACAGCCCAGAGAGCCCUUCCUUAUGGAGUUUCUUCUUUGGUCUUAACAUCCCCUCUGUGAGGUCGAUAGGGCACAAGUCAUUCUCCCAGAGAGGAGAAUCAAAACUGGGAGACUCUUGCCCACUCUGCUGGGCCAGAUUGUCUGGCCCGGGAUGUGACAUGGCGAGAGGAGGCUCCAGCUGGGGCAGGUAUUCCCCGGUCCUCACUCCUGCCCACUCCGGUGAUAUUUGGGGCAACUUCCCCAUGGCCUGCAAGGGAAGAAUCUCACCGUCUCUGCUUCUAAGGUUAGAAUCCCUUCGUAACAUAGUUGCUGGCUCUGCUGUGCUAGUGUGGGAUGCUUCACGCGGCGCUGAGACCGUGGGCCGGGAGGGUCAUGACACCCUGGGCUGGGGGUACGCCCUCCAUCAUCAGCUGUGUGUGUGAGAGGUGACCGAGGCCAGCCACAAGCCCGGGAACUGGGGAUGUGUGGCCCCGUAACAGUCACUAGAGGACUGUCCAUGCUGUCGUCGAUGCCGCUGUGUGCAGAG